UUCCCACUCCCACCACACGACUCUGCUCUGCGCACGAUGGCCCCGCCCGUGGUCGUGUACGUCGUGGUCGCGGUGAGCGUCGUCGGCGCUGCGCUCGCCUUCAAGGAGUUCGUCUAUGAGCCCCACAUUGCCCCGCGCGUGGAGCGCUGGGCGGAGGACUUUGUCAACAAGCGGAAGGCCAAGAAGGCUGCGAAGCAGAGGACCAGGGAGGCGGUGCCUGUGGGUGUGCGCCCUGGCUCUAGCGCUGGCACGGAGACCGGCAAGGGCGGGGAAGGCCGACGAAGUAUGACGGUGACCGAUCUGGACACCAAGAACACCUACGAACUGGAGACGAUGGUCGCCCAGGAGGUGUCGCAGUGGAGAGAGCAAGUCCAGGUCCGCAGCGAGGGCGUGUCUACGCUGCGCCAGCGCCGGCCAGCCUCUGCGUUGGAUGAGUCGAAUGUCAUCCUUCCAUACGACCCGAUGGAGCCAACACAUGUCCUUUUCGACGACUCACUCAGCGUCAGCUCCCCGGGCUCGAGCAUUAGCAGUCGUGUGCCCACUCCAUUGUCGAACAGCACGCUCUCUAACCAGUCCUUCCGCACCCCGCCCCCGCCCCCGCCUGUUGCCUUCCAAGCUCCACCCACACCUGAUCCAUCCGUCCAUGCAUCAUCACCCGUGCCCGAUAACCCGUUUGAAGACGGGUCUGACCUCUUCUCCUCCCCCGCGCACGUGCCCAGUCUCUCCCUCUCGCACCCGGUCGACCUCGCCGCGGACGCCGAGCACGAUCUCGAGCUGCUCUCCGCUCCGUCCUCCUCCGCUCCAUCCGACUCGUCCCGCCCGGUUUCCCCCUCCGCGUUCUCCGAGUCCGCAUUCUCUACCACCGACGAGCAGGUUUUCCACUCGUUCACGAUGUCGCCCUCCAUGAUGCUCGGCGCUGCAAGCAUUGGGCCUUCGUUUCCCGCCUCACCCGCCGUGAACUCGCUGGGCAUGAGCAGUGGCUCGGAGAUCGGCGACGACGAGCUGGACCGCUGGAGCAAUGCGGGCAGCGACAGUAUUGGGAGCGAGUCGAGCUGGACGAGCGCCGGGUCGCCAGCAAUUAGAGGCUUUUUUGGGCUCAACAUCAAAUGCAUCAUCGAUAGAUCCACACUCGCCGAUACUCCCCUCGCCACGGUCUUCCUCUCUGCAACAGUCUUUCCGUAA